AUGAAGCCGUUCUUUGUAUACUUGGGUAUGCUGGUCUGGGGGGUGCUUGGUGAUGAUACCACAGGAUUUGGUAACGCUUCAAACUCGACACAAGCUCCAGCUGGGGGCUCCACUGCCGCUGCUCUGACCACUCCUUCUGACGUCACUAAUGGUGCUGUGACUACUGCUCCGGCCUCUCCUACCACUGCUGCUAACACGACUGUUGUAAUGGCUUGCCCAACGGGUUUCUGUCAUGAUACACAAUUCAAUCCGGGAAGUAAUACGACUUGUAUCUAUCCAGACCCUGUCACGUUGAUGGACUGUUGGGAGGACUACUGUGCCCAGGUUGAGGCUGGUGGAUACUGUCUGGUAUGGGAACCUCCGUCUGGUCGUGUAUGCCACGGUGGAAUGAAGAAAUGUUACUGCUCUGACUAUAAACAAGCUCAGGCCGAAUUCUAUCCGGAAAAUGCUAUCCCUGCUGGUUGGGAGGAGGCGCAAGAAUGCGACUAUUCGGGAGCAACUGGCGGGACUACUGGAACCCCACCGCCCCCACCAAAGAUUUCUGGGUCGAAGAAAUCUGUCACUAUGGGGCUUUGCAGCGCUGCCCUCGUAGGUACCAUUGUAAUGAGUGUAGCUAUGUAA